AUGGUGGAGGCUGGAUUUGUCGUACACCCAUCUGUUGUCCAUCUAGUUGAUUCGCAUGAGAUCCACUUCGCCUGGCCAUUUUUCGCCUCCGUCCUCUGCAACAAAAAGCGUCACUAUCAUCAACUGCUAUUAACAUCAGCAGCUGAUCGUUCGGAACUUAAUGCAUUCUAUGAGGAUUUGAAGGACGUCAUCCGCAAAGAGAAGUCCUUUUGA